AAGCAAAUAAGAGCAAAUCAUAGCUGACCGAUCCAAACAACACGCCCCCGCUCUCUCCCAGGUCCCUAAGUGAACCACCCUGUCUGGCUAGGCAUGGCCUAUUGCGCAUUUGCUCCAUCUGCACCACCUCAAUAUUCUGAGCUUAAGAUGACUCUAUACACAAACAAGGAGGUGUAUCGUUCUGGGCCAGAUCAAAACGGAGUAACCAUCACAGAGAGAUCAAACAUGGGCACAACCUGGGUCUUCUCGUGGCCUGUAGCCGAUGGGCCAACACCUGAUGCGAACAUCGUCGGCCAACUCCAGGGCACUAGUGUUCAAGUAGCCAAUACUCCCGUUGUGGUGUACCACUACUCCCUGGGAUUAGUGUUCGAGGAUAAAAGGUUCAAUGGGUCCACACUCCAAAUACAAGGGACCUCCCAAAUAAAUGGCGAGUGGAGCAUUGUUGGAGGGACAGGACAACUUACUAUGGCAAUGGGUACUGUCAAACGCACUGAAGUUGUGUACAAAGACAAUACCAGGAUCUCAGAACUCAAAAUACAUGCCUAUUUCGCUCCAGUGAAUUAAGCCUACUACAACUAGUGUUUAUGAGGCUACUGCAUCCGAUUAACCUCCCCAAGGCGUGAGCUUUAUGCAGUCAUUUAGCCUGGAGUUUGUAUCCGUGUCACCUAGUACUUUACGGUAAUAAUAAGAGACUGUAUCUGUAUGUUUCGGUAAACUAGAGUUCUGGUCACCUCUUGUACUCUUUUGUAUUUUAAUGAAAUUUAGAAUCCGAGUGUUUCUCUUUUGUACUGAUGCAUCAGUAGUUGUACAUGCAUCGGUAGAUCGAUCUUUUGUUCUUUCUAAGCUGUGAUUUGUUGUUGGCCUUCUUGUAUAAUGGUAUAUGAAAAUACCUUUAGCCGA